CAAUGACGUUACUAUAAAACUCUCACAUGCAUUGUCUGUGUUGUGAUAAGUGAUAACUAUUGCUGAGUCAGCUUCGUGUCUUUGGUUUUGGUUACAGAUACAGAGUUUACCAUCCUUAAUUUCUCCGAGCACGAUUCGUACGUAGCAGAACAAACCAAUCAUGUUGCAGUUCUCUGUUCAACGAGUGAGGAAAUUGAGCAUUCUGAGGCCUCAGAUCUUUGCUUUGGGAAGUUCCCAUUUGUCAACAGCAGCUCAACCAUCUUCCAGUAAGGGUAAUCCCCCGAGGGUUCCGAAUCUUAUUGGGGGAAGGUUUCUUGACUCAAAGUCUUCAACUUUCAUCGAUGUUAUAAACCCAGCAACCCAGGAAGUUGUUUCAAAACUUCCAUUGACUACAGAUGAAGAGUUUAAAGCUGCUGUAUCUGCAGCAAAGAAAGCAUUUCCAUCAUGGCGUAACACUCCUAUUACGACACGCCAACGUGUUAUGUUGAAGCUCCAGGAGCUCAUUCGCAGAGAUAUGGACAAACUUGCCCUCAAUAUCACCACCGAACAAGGAAAGACUUUGAAGGAUGCCCAAGGAGAUGUAUUUCGUGGCUUAGAGGUGGUGGAACAUGCUUGUGGGAUGGGAACUCUCCAAAUGGGGGAGUAUGUUUCCAAUGUAUCACAUGGCAUUGAUACAUACAGCAUUAGAGAACCACUUGGUGUUUGUGCUGGUAUUUGUCCUUUCAACUUUCCUGCAAUGAUUCCGUUGUGGAUGUUCCCUAUUGCAGUUACGUGUGGUAAUACAUUUGUUCUAAAACCAUCAGAGAAAGACCCAGGUGCUUCUGUAUUGCUUGCAGAAUUGGCAUUGGAGGCUGGAUUGCCUGAGGGUGUCUUAAAUAUAGUUCAUGGAACUCAUGAUGUUGUGAAUGCUAUUUGUGACGAUGACGACAUCAAGGCCAUAUCUUUUGUUGGUUCAAAUGUUGCUGGAAUGCACAUAUAUUCAAGAGCAGCAGCUAAAGGGAAACGUGUUCAGUCCAAUAUGGGGGCCAAAAAUCAUGCAAUUGUCAUGCCAGAUGCAAAUGUUGAUGCUACUGUUAAUGCUUUAGUUGCUGCUGGUUUUGGUGCAGCAGGACAAAGAUGCAUGGCUCUCAGCACAGUUGUUUUUGUUGGAGGCGCAGAACAAUGGGAAACUAAACUUAUUGAGGGUGCCAAAGCUCUUAAAGUAAAUGCUGGAACUGAACCUGAUGCAGAUCUUGGCCCAGUCAUCAGCAGACAGGCAAAGGAGCGAAUUCACAGAUUAAUUCAAUCCGGGGUUGAAAGUGGUGCCAAAGUACUGCUUGAUGGAAGAAAUAUAGUGGUCCCAGGAUAUGAAUCUGGCAAUUUUGUUGGCCCAACCAUCUUGUCAAAUAUCACUGCCAACAUGGAGUGCUACAAGGAAGAAAUUUUUGGCCCUGUUCUUCUUUUCAUGGAGGCUGAUAGCUUGGAAGAGGCCAUAGACAUUAUCAACAAGAACCAGUACGGAAAUGGUGCUUCUAUAUUUACUACAUCUGGUGUUGCUGCAAGGAAGUUUCAGACUGAUAUUGAGGCUGGGCAGAUUGGCAUCAAUGUUCCAAUUCCAGUUCCUUUGCCCUUUUUCUCAUUCACUGGAAACAAGGCAUCGUUUGCUGGCGAUCUCAAUUUCUAUGGCAAAGCAGGGGUUAACUUUUAUACACAGAUGAAAACAAUAACCCAGAAAUGGAAGGAUUCAGAGGGUGGUAGCAAGAUUAACUUGGCCAUGCCAACCUCUCAAAAGUCUUGAAUCUUGCUAUAUUAACUUGUAUAUUGUUUCUGAAACCUUAGUUAUCUUGAAUAAAAUGUUAAAGUUCCUAUCCUGUUAAUCAUUUUCCUAAUUUUCUGGAGUUCA